UACAUGUUAAUUAUCAAGGUCCUUCUCUAAAAUGCAAAUCAAGUAAAUAACUGUAAUCUAACAGUUUCAGUGGGUUUAUUUUGCGAGUGUCGAUUGCGCAGUAUUUUAGCUGAGAACAGAGUGGAAGGAGCUACUACCAGCAUGAAAUUACUUAUAAUCUUCUUCGCAGCAGCCUACGCCGCGCCGUCUCAACCCGGCCACGGGGAGUCUCUCGGCCACGCGCCGUCUCACCACGGCCAAGUUGAGUACAUCAACUACGAGCCUAUCGGCUACGAGCAGCCCAACUACGACCGCUACAGCUACGGCUACGGGAACCCCGACUAUGUCGGCUACGGAGGGCUCAUCGAGCAGCCCGUGCCUUACGACAUCGGACGACAAGGCAUUGGCUUCGACAAGAGGACCGCCUUCGCCUACGGCUUCAGGAUGCCCUUGGCUUAUGACAUCUUGAAGAUACUCAGGAGGUAUCCCGACAAAGAGGUCAAUAGCGUCAAGGUGUAAUUUCAUUUAAACAUUUUUAACUAAAUUAACAAGCAAUUUUGAUACUUAGGGAAUCGCUACAAUUAAAUAAUAAUAA